UUUGUCUCCUCCUCCCGUUCAUGUCUUCGCAUCUCCGCUCAUCUCCCUCCCCUCCUCCGGAUCGCUCGCUCGCUGGCCGAGGAGACCUCCAAAGGACCAGCCGGGCUGUGGAAUCGUCCUUGUUCUUUCGCGUUUGCCGAGUCAAGGGUAGCUCUUUGCCGCCUCGGAGAGAUGCUGUUACUCCUGGUGAUGUGAUUGCAUAGCAACACAGCAGUGCGGGGCGGUGGAGGAGGAGAGGCAGGCAGCGUGCAGCCAGCAGCGCUCAGCCUCAGCAUGCAUCCCUGUCACAGGGUCUCCUUUGCUGAUUCACAGAGGCAGCCCCAAUCCUUGCUUCCGAAGCCCGGCGGCCACUGCCCCCGCAUCUCAGACCCGGUGGACUUGGAAGGUGCUGGUGCCCAGAGCUGUCUCCAUCCCCAUGAACAUCGGUUCUGAUGCAGCCCCUGGUGAUGCAGGAAUGGCCUUAUGUCCUCCCGCGAUGUCCUGAGUGGCAUGCCCCAGGGCCGGUGCAGCACGCCAGCGCUGCCCACCCGCUGUCUCAGGUUGAUGUCUCACAGGAUGGUGCAGGACCUUCGUGCAUAACCCCCCGGGCUCUGAGCAGUGCUGCUGGGCCCCAGGCCCCUCUGGAGAUGAAUCUUUGCUGGAACGAGAUCAAAAAGAAAUCCCACAGCCUUCGGGCUCGGCUGGAGGCCUUUUCUGACCACAGUGGGAAGCUGCAGGUGCCUCUGCAGGAGAUCAUAGACUGGCUGGGGCAGAAGGAUGAGGAGCUCUCAGCACAGCUGCCCCUGCGGGGUGAUGUCCUUCUGGUGCAGCAGGAGAAGGAGAUGCAUGCGGCUUUCAUGGAAGAAGUGAAGUCUCGGGGACCAUACAUUUACUCUGUCCUGGAGUCGGCACAGGCUUUCCUUUCCCAGCACCCCUUUGAGGAACUAGAAGAGCCAACUUCAGAAGGCAAAGAUGCCUCUCCCCGGCACCGGAUCCAGAACCUCAGCCGCUUCGUCUGGAAGCAGGCGAACGUGGCCAGCGAGCUGUGGGAGAAGCUCACCGCCCGCUGCGUGGACCAGCACCGCCACAUCGAGCGGACGCUGGAGCAGCUGCUGGAGAUCAAAGGGGCCAUGGAGGAGCUCAGCACAACGCUGGACCAGGCUGAAAGCGUGCGUGAAACCUGGGAGCCCAUCGGGGACCUCUUCAUUGACUCCUUGCCAGAACACAUCCAGUCGACAAAGCUGUUCAAAGAGGAGCUCUCCCCCAUGAAGGAUGGGGUGAAAGUGGUCAAUGAUCUUGCACACCAGCUUGCCAUCUCAGAUGUCCACCUGUCCAUGGAGAACUCCCGCACCCUGGAGCAGAUCAACACUCGCUGGAAGCAGCUGCAGGCCUCCAUAAAUGAACGCCUGAAGCAGCUCCAAGAUGCCCACCGGGACUUUGGACCAGGCUCCCAGCACUUCCUCUCCUCCUCUGUCCAAGUCCCCUGGGAGCGAGCCAUUUCCCCCAACAAAGUGCCAUACUACAUCAACCACCAGGCCCAGACGACAUGCUGGGACCACCCGAAGAUGACAGAGCUGUACCAGACGCUGGCGGAUUUGAACAACAUCAAGUUCUCAGCCUAUCGGACGGCUAUGAAACUGCGGCGAGUGCAAAAAGCCCUGCGAUUGGACAUGGUGACCCUCACCACAGCCUUGGAAAUCUUCAACGAGCACAAUCUGCAGCCCAGCGACCGGGCAAUGGAUGUGGUAGAGGUCAUCCACUGCCUGACUGCCCUCUACGAGAGGCUGGAGGAGGAGAGGGGCAUCCUGGUGAAUGUCCCACUCUGUGUGGACAUGAGCCUCAACUGGCUGCUGAAUGUCUUCGACAGUGGCCGCAGCGGGAAGAUGAGAGCGCUCUCCUUCAAGACAGGCAUUGCGUGCCUGUGUGGGACAGAGGUCAAGGAGAAGUUUCAGUAUCUCUUCAGCCAAGUGGCGAAUGCUGGGGGACUGUGUGACCAGAGGCACCUCGGCGUCCUGCUCCACGAGGCCAUCCAGGUCCCACGCCAGCUGGGGGAGGUGGCAGCGUUUGGAGGCAGCAACGUGGAGCCCAGCAUCCGCAGCUGCUUCCGCUUUAGCAAUGGGAAGUCCACCAUUGAGGCAUCCCAGUUCCUGGAGUGGGCCAACCUGGAGCCGCAGUCCAUGGUGUGGCUGGCCGUGCUGCACAGGGUGACCAUGGCCGAGCAGGUGAAGCAUCAGACCAAGUGCUCCGUCUGCCGGCAGUGCCCCAUCAAGGGCUUCAGGUAUCGGAGCCUGAAGCAGUUCAACGUGGAUAUCUGCCAGACUUGCUUCCUCACGGGGCGAGCCAGCAAGGGCAACAAGCUGCACUACCCCAUCAUGGAGUACUACACCCCGACUACGUCCAGCGAGAACAUGAGAGACUUUGCCACAACGCUGAAGAACAAGUUCCGGUCCAAGCAGUACUUCAGCAAGCACCCACAGAGAGGUUACCUGCCUGUCCAGUCUGUGCUUGAGGCUGACUUCUCUGAAACCCCAGCCUCCUCCCCGAUGUUACCGCAUGCUGACACCCACUCCCGGAUCGAGCACUUUGCUAGCAGGCUUGCAGAGAUGGAAAGCCAGAACUGUUCCUUCUUCAGUGACAGCCUGUCCCCUGAUGAUAGCCUGGAUGAGGACCAGUACCUGCUGCGCCAUUCCAGCCCCAUCACGGACAGGGAGCCUGGGGGCAACCAGCAGGUUCCAGGAAGCCUCAACAUGGAUGACAAGGGAGAUCUGGAGAGAAUCCUGGCCCACUUAGAAGAUGAAAACAGAAUCCUCCAGGGAGAGCUGAGACGUUUGAAAUGGCAGCAUGAUGAGGCAGUGGAGUCUCCAACCUUGGCUACAGGUUCCCCUGAAUCCGUGCAAGACCCACACAACGACGAGCUCCUGGCCGAAGCACGGAUCCUCCGGCAGCACAAGAGCCGCCUGGAGACUCGCAUGCAGAUCCUGGAGGACCACAACAAGCAGCUGGAGUCCCAGCUGCACCGACUGAGGGAGCUCCUGCUGCAGCCUCCAGCAGAGUCAGAGGGCAAUGGCUCAGCAGUCUCCUCCUUGGCUUCAACUCUGCAUCAGUCUGAAGGCAGCCAGGCAAAGGAGAAUGAGCACAACACCCCUGACACCGAAGCUGCCGAUGAGGUGGAAGCCAAAACCCAGGAAGUCAGCGUGUGCCUGGAAGACAUCAUGGAGAAGCUGCGGAGCGCCUUCCCCAACUCUCGAGGUACUCGAGUGAAAUCCCCCUCCAUGGCCUCCUACUGCUCCCUCAGAUGAGGUUUUCCCCACAGACCCCUGCCCCACUCCCAGCUUCCCUGCCACGGAUGACCCCCCCUGCAGCACCUGCAGCCAAGAGCUCUGCUGCCACUGCACUGCUGGGACCUGGGCUCAAAGGAUGAGGAUGAGGUUUCACAUCUGCAAGGAGAGGCAAUCAGGGCUGCCAAGAGUACAGACCAACUAGAUGCCCUUAGAUGAGCUGCAAGGCAGCCUCCUGCCCUGCUCAGGACCCCCCACACUGCAGGGUUUUCCACUGUGAAGAUGGAGAGACCUGCCAGCAUCGAGUUUGCAGUGAGCAUCUUGAGCAACCUCCUCAUUUCAUCCCUGUCCAGACCCCUGCUCAGGAGAGGUCAAGGUCCCAGAGACCUGGCAAGAUGGCAGCAGUGGUGCAAGACGGAAGCAAUGGUGCAGACUCUCCUAACUGCUCAUGGACAGCUCUUUCCAGCAGGAAUGGGGACUAGGGGAUUCGUGUGUGGAUGGUGCUCCGCUCACCCAGUGGGGUUUGGUGUUGGUCUUUCUGCUGCCCCCCUGUGCUCCAGCCUGGGGGCAGCACUCGGCCCCCUGCCCAGGCUGCCCAUGCAUGUGCUGGGGGGAGAUGCUGCUUGGUGCCAUCACUAACAUGAUGCAGAGCAGAGCUGCCCUCUUUGCCCAUGCAGACCCUCACCCAGUUUCUGGCCUCCCUGACCAAGACCCUCCUGACUCUGCAGCACCCUCAUGCUAACCAGGUGGCUCUGGGUCCUAUUUUCCUGACCUCUCCAUUUCUCUUUCAGGUAUGACCUCCCUUAUCUAACACCUCCUGUGAGCCAGAGGCUUUUCCUAACCAGCUACCUGGCUGCUUUCCUCCCCCUCCUCUCCCUGCCAUGCUCCCUGUGCUGCAGCAGACCUCGCACAGACUCCUUCCAAGCCGGUCGUGCAGGAUGCUUGCCAGCUCCAGAAGAUCUCAGGGGAACAUAGGCCAUGCAGGAGUGGGACCAUGGGCUCCCCAGGAGGCUGUCUCAGCCACUUGGCUACAGUGCCUAAGCCUGAGUGGAAAGGUUCAGAAGGCAGAACUGAAGCUGUGAAAGCUGCCUGUCUCCCCCAGCACUCAUGGGCUGCUGCCUUUGACUGCAGCUCUUGGGGGAUGCAGAGCUCAGCAUUCCAUCCCCUUCAGUUUUGCCCAGACACAUCCAGGUCUCUAGGCACCAAAAAAACCUCCUGGAGCCAACUAGUUUUUAUAAGAACUCUUUCUAACAGCACCCAGCUGCCAGCCUUACAGAUGGAACUGUCUCUGCUACCCAGGGCUCUGCAGCCAGCCAGGCACAUACAGAGAGUCUGCAAGGUUUAUGGAGCAGGGAUGAGUCCAUGCUAGAGCUUCAGCCCUGCUAGUAGCCUUAUCUUGGGAGGGUCUUUAUAACAGAGCCUUAUCCUUUAAUUUGCAUAUAUUUCUCUAUGUUAUAUACAUAUUCUGUACUCAAAUACUCUCAUGGACUCACUCCAUUAAAUUCUAAUGCUCUUAAGUGUAGCUGCCCUUCAGUCCAGCCCAACAUCUGCUCCCUUGAGGACCAGCACCUUCCCCAUUGCUGGUGCUGCCUUGGGGAAAGGCUGCUGCAAGGGGACCUCAACAGAGGACUGAACCAGCAGCAGGUACUCUGUUCUGCCUGAAUUCCAGGGGAGCUGUGCCUUUGCCAUAGCACAGAGAGCCUGUCCUGCCUGAACCCAGCUCCAUUCCCUGGGGAGCCUCAGCUCCUGCAGUUGCCCAUGCCCAUAGCACUGCAGGAAGGGGUUUCUCCAGUCACAGCUCCAGCCCUGGGACCACCAGGACAUUCAGCUGUGAUGCAGGCAGGCACCUCCUUACUGCCCCCAAGGAACAUCUGCCCCACUGCUGACCCCAAACUUGAGUUGGGCUGAGGGGCUGGAGGCACUUGUUGGAAGCAGGCAAGAACCACCAGGCAGUGGAGGAGGCUGUUCUGCAAGCUGGCAGGGUACCUCAGUGGUGAUGGCUCCUGGUCCCAAAGGCUCCCUCAAGCUGGCUGUCUGGUGCUGUGUCAUGUCGAGAAAGAGGCAGAGUCAGGUGCUGUGAGGUGCCCCAGGGCAGAGGCUGAGCUAACCCUGAUGCUCUGGGGCUACAGGCUGUGAAGGGAUGAGAUACCUGAGCCCUGGGGCAGGGCUUGAUGCUGGUGCAAAGCAUCCUGCCCGAAACAGGGCUUGCUGUGAGGACAGGGACAGGGCUGUUGUCACUGGCUGGGAUGGGAUGCAGUGAUGUGAGCUCCUUGGGGAGGCUGGGACCAAGGCAGCAUGUAGGGGCACAGGGCUGUGCAGCUUCCUCAGCAUGCUGGCAGAGCUGUGGAGCAGUGCCAGCCAUGGGCAUCAGGUUGUGUGAGCCUUAUGGCCUGUGUCCACCAGCAACAGUGCCAGUUGCUGUCCUGGUUGUCCCCUCUCGCACUUGGGUGAGUGACAGGAGUGCAGUAGCAGUGGCACUGUGGCUGCUGUGAGCAUUCUGUGUGCCAGGCUUCUUAUUUGAUCAUGCUGAGGGACCACAGGCCAGUCUGUGGCAGGAGGGGGGUAAGAUGGGAAGGAGCAAGGCUUUGGCCUGAGGAUGGGGUCUGGAGCACCCAGCCUGGUGGGAGCUGGAGGAAAGACAAGGUAGGAUAAGGACAGAGCUGCUGGUCCCAGCAGCGGGUGCAAGGAGCAGCGGUGAGCAGGCUGGGUGCUUGGGCUGUGUUUGGGAGCUGGGAUGCAGCAGGGAGGGGAGCAGGCUGGCUAAUGCUCUGGUAACCACGCACUGAGGUGCUGCUGUCCUCACUGCUUUGCACCAUCUCUGCUCUGGAAAGACAAUAAAUUUGUAUUUAUACUGA